UUGUUAGUGUGAGUAAUGCUCCGCAUUCCUCCCGACUUGUCAACCUGUGAUGGCCCAAGUUGACAAAACAUUACCCAAUCCAACAGAACUAACUAUGUUCUUUCAAAGUUGAUGAAAAGAACAAAGAUAAAAAUUUCUCUUUCGACUUUUCCAUCAAAUUUCGUCAUCAAGGAGCUAAAACUAAAAAAUCAAAGUAUGUGAUCAUCCAUGCUUAAAAAUCUGAACUCAUAUUCAUCUCAAGUAUUUCCCUUAUGAAUCCUGUUCAUAUAUUUCAAGUACUGGGGAGUUCACACAAGCUCUGUCAUCUUGGGAAGCACUAAAACCCAACAUCAGUUUUGCUUCCAUCAUGUCAAAGAUUGAAGUCCCAGCUUCAUCCUUUUGGUUUCUCUGUAGUGUUUACAGCAUUGGAUGUUUGCUACAGGCAGCUCAAGUGAUAGCAGUCACAGAUCCCAUUGAAGUUGCUGCAGUAAGGUCACUUUCUGAUAAGUGGAAUAUUGAGUCAUCUGCAGAAUGGAACCGCACAGACCCAUGCUUUGGCAGAGCCAAUUCUACUCUUGAUAAUAUAAAUCUUGGCAUCAAGUGUGACUGCACAGGCACCCUCUGUCAUGUUACAGAAAUGAAGGUCUAUGAUAUAGAUAUAACAGGGGAGCUUCCAGAAGAAUUAGCUAAUCUGACUCACCUCACAAAUCUGAACCUGAACCAGAACUAUUUGAAUGGUCGCAUUCCUGCUUUCUUGGGGAACCUCACCAACAUGCAAUACUUGGCCUUUGGCAUUAAUAAUUUUUCUGGCCCUGUACCAAAGGAGCUUGGAAAUCUUCAGAACUUGAUAGUCUUGAGUUUUUCAUCAAACAGUCUUAAUGGAACAUUACCACCAGAGCUUGGUAACCUGACCAAGUUGGAACAACUGUAUAUUGAUAGUGCUGGAGUAACUGGAGAGAUUCCAAGCACUUUCAAAAAUCUACGGAAAUUGAAGAAUGUAUGGGCUUCUGACAAUCUAUUUACAGGCGCAAUACCUGAUUUCAUUGGAAACUGGACUGAUCUAAUUGAAUUGAAGUUUCAGGGAACUGCUCUUGAGGGUCCAAUUCCUUCAAGCUUCUCCAACUUAACCUCUUUGCAAAAGCUGAGAAUAAGUGACUUAACUUCAGGUGUCACAUCAUUGACAUUCUUAAAAGGCUUAGAGGAUUUAACUGAUCUAGUCCUUAGAAACAACAAGAUUUCUGGCGAAAUCCCUUCAUAUGUUGCAGAAUUGAGUAAAUUGACAUACUUGGACUUGAGUUUUAAUAAUUUUACAGGGGAGUUUCCUACUUCACUUCAAAACUUGAGCUCUUUGGUAUUCUUGUUUCUUGCAAAUAAUAGUCUAUUUGGGAUGCUUCCUUUGCAAAUUAGUUCAUCCCUUAGAUAUAUAGAUCUAUCUUAUAAUCAAUUCAAUGGAACUCUUCCAACUUGGUUCAAUGGCACAACUUUGAAAGCAAAUCUGGUUGGAAAUUACUUGGACAUAAAUGAGACAAAUGAUGGACUUGCCUCAAGCAGACUGGCUUGCCUCCAACGGACUUUUCCUUGCAAUAGAGGAGCUCCACUCUAUUCUCAAUUCGCAAUAAACUGUGGUGGCUCACAAAAGACUUCCCAGCUAGGAAUUGAUUAUGAACGUGAGAACGAAACGCUUGAUGCUGCCUCAUUUUAUGUGAGUGAUACGCAAAAAUGGGGAGUCAGCAAUACUGGAAAUUUUCCGGACAAUUCCGCACAUAGUUUUACACAAUCCAGUCAAUCUCAAUUUACAAAUACAUUGGAUACCGAACUCUACCAAACAGCACGCUUAUCUCCCAGUUCACUAAGGUACUAUGGUUUAGGGCUUGAAAAUGGACCAUAUACAGUAAAAGUACAAUUUGCUGAAAUAGAUAUUCUAGGCACAGAAAGCUGGAAGAGUGUUGGAAAACGCAUUUUUGAUGUUUAUGUUCAGGGGAAUAAAGUAUUAACGAAUUUCAACAUCAAAAAGGAAGCAGGAGGUUCAUUUAUAGCAGUUGAUCGUAAUUUCAGCACAAACGUGACUGAAAAUUUCCUUGAAAUUCAUUUUUUCUGGACUGGGAAGGGAACAUGCUGUAUUACAAAACAAGGAACCUAUGGACCUUUAAUAUCAGCUAUUAGUGUUACACCUGAGUUCAAACCUACUGUUUCGAAUAAGCCACUUUCUAACUCCCCUUCAAAGAAAAACAAGAGUGGAGCAGUAAUCGGAAUUGUUUUUGGUGGAAUAGUUGCUGUUUUGACAUGUCUUGGUUUUUUCAUUUUCUGGCGGAGGAAAGUCAGAAAGUCCUUAGAAGCACGCAGUCAGGAACAAGAAGCACUCAAAGGAAUCCACACAAAACCUAACAUUUUCAGCUAUGCCGACAUGAAGAGUGCAACAAGUGAUUUUCAUGAAGAAAACAAGCUAGGCCAGGGAGGAUUUGGUACAGUUCAUAAGGGUAUUCUUCCAGAUGGUAAAUUAAUAGCAGUGAAGCAACUGUCAUCUGAAUCUAAGCAAGGAAAGCGCGAGUUUAUAAAUGAAGUAGCUGCAAUAUCUGCAGUGCAACACAGGAACCUUGUUAAAUUGCAUGGAUGCUGUGUGGAAGGAGAUCAUCGUAUUUUGGUCUAUGAAUGUCUGGAAAAUAACAGUCUUGCACAAGCUUUAUUUGGCAAUACAAAAUCUGACAUCCAACUUGACUGGCCUACUCGGCACAACAUCUGCAUUGGAACUGCACGUGGGCUUGCUUAUCUUCAUGAGGAAUCCAGUGUGCGAAUAGUGCAUCGAGACAUCAAAGCCAGUAACAUCCUGCUGGAUAAUUCUUUGAACCCUAAGAUUGCAGAUUUUGGGAUGGCUAAGCUAUUUGACGAUACCAAAACUCAUAUCAGUACCAGAGUUGCUGGCACGAUAGGAUAUCUGGCUCCGGAGUAUGCAAUGCGAGGUCACCUUACAGAAAAAGCUGAUGUUUUCAGCUUUGGGGUUGUUGCUUUAGAAGUGGUGAGCGGUAGGAGUAAUACAGAGACAACCUUGCCACAAGAGAGUGUCUAUCUUCUGGAAUGGGCUUGGCAACUGCAUGAGCAAAAGAGACUGCUGGAAUUGAUGGAUCCUCAACUGAGAACAACAUACGUAGAAGAAGAAGUCAUUAGAGUAAUUGCAGUAGCUCUUCUCUGUACACAAGCCUUGCCUGCAAUGCGCCCGUCAAUGUCUCGAGUGGUCGCAAUGCUGACUGGUGAUGUAGAGGAAAUUCCUGUUGCUUCUCGCCCUGGUUACAUCACAGAUUGGCAGUACAACAACCAUUUGGCUGCUCAAGAUUCUGAAAGCGCAUCAAUUGCAAUAACACCACAGCGGAAAAGCACAGAAAAAAUGCUGCCUGCUGAAUUGUUCUCACCUGAAAAUGAAGAGAUGACUCCAUCAAUGAUCCACCAGCCUUUAGGAGAUGGCUGAUGAAUACUGAACUCAAGAACAAAAUAUGGAGACCUUGUCCCUACUUGGGACCUACAUCUCAUAGUGACUACAUUUAAUGCAGUAUAGUUGCACCCUUAUAUAUCGACUCACAUACAAUUUCUAUAAUUGACCUUCACCAUAUCCUACAUCUACGAGUGAUUAUGAUGUCAGUUAAUUUAGAAACCUGAGAGUAGGCAUACAAUUGUUGGUUAUUAUGUUUGGUGUUUUAUUGUAUUAAAUAAUAAUUUUUUAAGCAAAACUACAGCAGGGAGACAGCCAAAACAAUAGCCAAGACUAUUUGAAUCCAAACCUCUCCGAACAACUGAAAGCUCUUAUGUGAAUGUUUGUUAUGUGAUAGUUUAUUGAUGAGUGUUGUGAAUAAAUUUUCUUCUUAGAGCUCA